AUGUUUACAAUUAACAUGGCUCUGAAUAUACAAAAUGCCGUAUUUGGUUAUAAUAUUAAUAAUGUAAUUCUUGAUCACUUAACGGUGCAAAUACCAAAAGGUAAAAUAUUUGCAAUGUUAGGUCCAAACGGAACCGGAAAGACCACAUUAAUGCGUGUAAUAUUAGGACAAUUAAGAUUGACAUCAGGCACAAUUGAGGUGUUUGGCAAAAUGGCAGGAUCUGCAGGUUUGGGUAUUCCCGGACCGGGUGUCGGGUAUAUGCCUCAGGAGUUGGCGUUAUUUGAUUACUUCACAAUCGGAGAAAUACUUGAUUAUUACGGAAUGAUAUAUCAUAUGAAACGC